ACUCGCUCGCUCCCAUCAUCCUCCCUCUCGCCGCAGCAAGCAAGCGCACCACGAAGAUAAUCUCUGCUCAGCAUUUUUUUGCUCGAUAGCCACCUGCACACGCGUACCAUGACGGCAUCAGCGGCCUGCUCCUUCUUCUUCGACGCCGAGCUCCUCGGCGAGUCCGGCAUGCCGGCGAUGGACGCGUGCGCGCUCUGCGCCAAGCCGCUGGCGCGCGACAGCGACGUCUUCAUGUACAGAGGGGACACUCCCUACUGCAGCGAGGAGUGCCGCCAGGAGGAGAUGCAGCUCGACGCCAUUUGCGCCAGGCAGGCCGCGCGGAGGCUGCAGCGGUUCUCGGCGGAGACGGAAUCCCACCGUAGGCAGCGACAGUCAAGGUCUCCAGGAAGGUGUCGGUCGCGAGCUAACUGGCCGGCCUUGCCUGAAGAACCAUCGAUGUCUCCGGCUCUCCGGCCAAUGCUCUAACCUGGACCGGUGGAGGCACAAGUGCAGCUUGGCGUCGCCUGCGGAAGGCAAGACAGGGCAGCAGCAUCAGGCGGCACGAAGCAUGGCAAGCUAAUUAGGCGACGCCAAGAACCUGGAUCAUUGUGAUUUUUCUUCUUUUGAAAUAGUAGGAAAAUUGCCCAUGCGUUGCAAUGGAAAACGUGCUAUUAAAACAUUGUCAUGAUGUGAAAACAUGCAUAACAAAUGAAAAGAUUAUACUCCCUCCGUUCCAAAAUAAGUGUCUCAACUUUAUACUAAAUUUAAUACAAAGUUGUACUAAGGUUGAGACAUUUAUUUUGGGACGGAUGGAGUAUGUGUUUUUACCUCCUCGUCGUAUCUGGAUUGAUGCCUUUUUUUACUAUUGUGUACAAUGACAUGAAAGUGUCAUACCAUUGCCUAAUAUCAUAUCUGCCUUAGGAGUAUUGUACAUUAUAUUUUUCAUCUAUAUAUCUUCUGUAAGAAGUAAGAUCAUG